CGUGCUUGUGGCCUCUAUUGUUGUCUCUUUCAAAUUCUAAUUUCCAAGAUCGGUCUGAUUCUUGAUAGAAGCAAAUUAAAGAUGGCGCAGAAUGGGUCACAGAACGAUGCAGCCAAGCAGAAGGGAAUCGACGAUUGGCUUCCGAUCACUUCUUCUCGGAACGCCAAAUGGUGGCACUCGGCUUUCCACAAUGUCACCGCCAUGGUUGGUGCCAGUGUCCUCAGCCUCCCUUAUGCCAUGUCACAUCUUGGAUGGGGUCCUGGUGUAACCAUUCUUCUACUGUCAUGGGUGAUCACCUUAUACACUCUAUGGCAAAUGGUUGAGAUGCACGAAAUGGUACCCGGGAAGCGAUUCGAUAGGUACCAUGAGCUUGGCCAGUAUGCAUUUGGUGACAAGCUGGGACUUUGGAUUGUGUUGCCCCAACAGCUGAUCGUUGAAGUUGGUGGGGACAUUGUCUACAUGGUCACUGGAGGGAGAUCUCUGAAGAAGUUCCACGACUCGGUUUGCCCUGAUUGCAAGGAAAUCAAGACUUCCUACUUCAUCGUGAUUUUCGCUUCAGUGCACUUUGUUCUCUCUCAUCUCCCAAACUUCAACUCUAUUUCCAUCGUGUCACUGGCCGCGGCAGUCAUGUCCUUAAGUUACUCAACCAUUGCUUGGGCAGCUUCUGCUGGGAAGGGAGUUAAACCAGAUGUGGACUAUAGUUACACAGCUAAAACCACAUCUGAGGCUACCUUCAAUUUCUUUAACGCAUUGGGUGAUGUGGCAUUUGCCUAUGCUGGCCACAAUGUGGUUUUGGAGAUCCAAGCAACAAUCCCAUCAACUCCAGAAAAGCCUUCCAAGGGACCCAUGUGGAAAGGAGUGUUUGUUGCGUACAUCGUUGUGGCCAUUUGCUACUUCCCUGUUGCUCUGAUUGGGUACUGGAUUUUUGGGAACAGCAUCGAUGAUAACAUCCUCAUUACCCUGGAGAAGCCCGCAUGGCUAAUUGCUAUGGCUAACAUGUUUGUUGUUGUUCAUGUCAUUGGAAGUUACCAGAUCUUCGCGAUGCCAGUGUUCGAUAUGCUGGAAACUUUACUGGUGAAGAAACUGAACUUCAAACCUUCUUUCAUUCUUCGCUUUGUUACUCGCACCUCAUAUGUUGCGUUUACCAUGAUCGUAGCCGUAGCACUCCCUUUCUUUGGGGGCCUCCUUGGCUUCUUUGGCGGAUUCGCUUUUGCCCCGACAACAUACUUCCUCCCCUGCAUCAUAUGGCUCGCCAUCUAUAAACCCAAAAAGUUCAGCUUAUCUUGGAUCAUAAACUGGAUCUGCAUUGUGCUAGGUGUUAUGUUGAUGGUCCUAUCACCCAUUGGUGGUCUAAGGUCGAUCAUCCUUUCAGCCAAGAACUACAAGUUCUUCUCGUGAAGUACUACAAGGUCGAUCAUCCUAAUUCUUGUCCUUUCCAAUCUAUUUUGAUGAUAAGGCAUAUUUCGGAUGCCUUUAAGUAGUUGGCACAAGAAGCCACUUAGAAUAAAAUGUAAUGUACUUCCAUGUGUGAUUGGGAAUGAUAAAAAAGGAAAAGAGUAAUGAUACUUGCAGUCAUAAGUGCGUAAGCGUCGUGUAAUCACUUUAAAAAAAGUGAAUAAAUAGAAAAUCUAUAUGAAAAGAAAUUAAUUUUUUAGUAGUAGACCACACUUUUUGUCAAAACGAUUGCACAACGCUUACGUAUUUCACGAUUGUAUGUAGC